AUGAUUUUAUUCAAUAAUAAUAAAAUGAGUGUAAAUAGUUGUGAAAAAAUGAAUGAAAAUAUCAAUAAAUUAAUUGAUAUUAAUGAUGAGAAUAUAAACUACAAUAAUGCAAAUAACAUAAAUAAUAAUAUAAAUGGGAAUAUGAAUAUGAUGAAUGAUAAUCAUAAUAAUACAAUAAAUAAUAUUAAUAAUGACAUGAUAAAUAAUAAUAUCACUAUGAAUUCUAAUUCUAAUAAUAAUAAUAAUAAUAAUAAUAAUAGUAAUAGUAAUAAUAAUAUGGAUGGUAUUAAUGUUGUAUAUAAUAAUAACCGUAAUUUAGGAUAUAAUAAUGAUUUAGAUACUACUUACACAAAAAAGAGAAUUUUGAAUACUAAUAGAUCUUUAAAAAAUACGUACCAUAAUAAUAAUUAUAAUAAAAAUAAUCACCAAAAUUUUAGUAUAAAUAAAAACAAUAAAAACAAUAAAAAUUUUAGAAAUAAAAACAUUCAAUAUAAUAAAACUAAUAUGAAGCAAAAUAAAGGAAAUAUGAACAUGAACAUGAAUAUAAAUAUGAUUGAUAAUAAUAUGAUGGAAAAUAAUGAAGAAAAUAUAAGGAAUAUAUAUAAUUCUGGUGAUAAUAUAAAUGUAGAACAUUCCUAUAAUGGGAAUAAUAAUGAUAUAUCAAAUAAUAUGUAUUAUGAAGAAAAUGAAAAAUCAGAUGAUUAUUCAUCAUUGAGUAAUAAUCAAAAUUUGGUAAAUAAAGUAGCAAAUAAUAGAAAUGUAUAUGAAAAUAUGAGACUAAUAAAUAAUACAAAUAAUGGUAAUAAUAGUAUGUAUAAUAAUACCAAUAAUGAAGAUAAUAAUGAAAUUAAUAUUUAUAAUAAUAAUAUGAAAUCUGUAUAUUCUAAUGAAGAUAUGGAUACAUUUAAUGAUAAUAAUAACAUAUUACAAAAUGAUGAUCUGAAUAUGAAUAAUGGAAUGGGAAAGAUGAAUUUGAAUAGAAAUAUGAACACACAUAAUAAUAAUAAUAAUAUUAAGAAAAGAAGAAUAGGUAAAUAUGAAAAUAAUGCAUUUUAUAAUAAAAAUAAAGUAAAGAAAAAUUUUCAUAAUACAUUAUUUAAUGAUUCCUUAAAAAGGUAUAAUAAUAAUUCUAUAAAUUUAAAAGAAAACAAUAAUAAAAAAAAUGAUAACAUAUUAGAUUUUCAUAGUAAUGAAAAGGAUCAAAUAGAUCAGCAACAAGAACAAAAAGAAAAUAUUAAUGAGGAACUUAAUAUAAAUGAAGAUGGUUCUAAUAUUAACAAAAAUAUGACCUUUAUAAAAAAAGACAACUAUAAUAAAAUGGGUAAAUAUAAUAACAAAAAUGGUUAUUUCAACAAUAAUAAUAAAAACAAUAACAAUAAUAGUAAUAAUAAUAAUAAUAAUAACAAUAAUAAUAAUAAUAAUAAUAAUAAUAAUAAUAAUAAUAAUAAUAAUAAUAAUAAUAAUAAUAAUAAUAAACCAUUUAAUAAUAUGACAUUUUCAUUAAAUAAAUAUCUUAAUCCUUAUGUAAAUUAUAAUAAAACGAAUAUUAAUAGUAGAAAUAUAAAUUCAAGUUAUCAUAUGAGCAAUAAAAAUAAACUAUUAAAUAAAAAUAGAAACAUGAAGAACAAUACAAAUCCUCAUGGCAGUAGUAAUAACAACAACAACAACAACAACAAUAAUAAUAAUAAUAAUAAUAAUAAUAAUAAUACAUAUUAUAAUUCGACAUAUAAAAAUGCAAGUGAACGAAACCAUACAAAUAAUAAUUGUAGAGAUGAUUAUUCAAGAAAUAAUUUAAAUAAUAUCAAUUUUAUUACACAAAAUUUUAAUAUGAAAUUAUUAAGUGAUUACACGAAGCAUACACAAAAUGAUCAGAAUAAUUUAGACGUAGAUACACAUGUAAAUAUAAAUCCCAACUUUAAAAAUCUUAGACCAAAUAACAGAAAUCAAUUUUAUAAUAAUCAAAAUUAUAUUGAAUGUUUAAGUGAAGUAUCUGAAAUAAGUGACGAAGAAACUAAUGAUUUAAGUUAUGAUGAUAAUAUGGCGAAAAAUCAAAAUGUAGAUAAUGAUCAAUAUAAUAAUAAAUGGAAUAAUUUAAAAAAUAAUCAAGGAUUUAAAUCACUUCCACAUGCAGAAAGCGCAUUAUAUACAAAUAAUUUCAAUGAUAAUAAUAACUUAGAACUAAUAAAUGGGUUAUAUAAGCUAGCCAAUUUUAAUAAAAACCUCAAAAAUGAAAAUCAAGAUAUUUAUUCACAAAGUAAAGUAUUAAAUAAUAAUCAACCUACAAAUAAUAAUAUAAUAAAUAAUAUGAAUAGUGAUAUUUAUUCUAAUGAUAAUAAUUUUAAUUAUAAUAAUUAUACAUCAAAUAUCAUGGAAAAAAAAAUUGAAGAUCAAGGUAAGCUAAAUAAUGAUUAUAUUGAAGAGGAAGAAGAAGAAGAAGAAGAAAAUAAUAUGGAUAUGACAAACAAAAAUAUCUUAAAUUUUAUUAAACCAGAUGAUAUGUAUAUUAAUUCAUAUAUUCCAUACCCUCCUGAAAAAUAUAAUAACAUAUAUGAUUUACAUGAAAUCAAAAUAUUAUCUCCACAUAUUUUAAAAACUCUCUUUCAAAAAGAAGCAAAUAAAACAUAUCAUUCUUCUUUGAAAGAUGGAAAAUUAAUUUUAUUAUUAGAUUUAGAUAACACUUUAUUACAAGCUACAUCUUUUGCCAAAUUUAAUAUGGAAUUACCCUUAGAAAAUUUUGUAGAUGAUAAUGGAGAAGCUGAAUUAUAUAAAUUUUAUUUACCACAAUAUAACUUUUUCUAUUAUUUAAAGUUUAGACCUUAUGUAAGACAAUUCUUACAAAUUUUAUCAUUAUAUUAUGAACUAGCUAUAUAUACCAAUGCAACUAGAGAAUAUGCUGAUGUAGUUAUAGCUAUAUUAGAUCCAGAUAGAACCAUAUUUUCUGAUAGAAUUGUUGCAAGAUGUAGUUCCACAGAUAGAGAUGAAAAUAAAUAUUUUUCUCGAAUAUAUCCCAAUGUAGAUCCAAAAUAUGUUAUAGCAUUUGAUGAUAGAAAGGAUGUUUGGAUAGAUAUUCCACAAUCUCAUAUAUUGAAAGCUGAACAUUAUAAUUUUUUCGAAUUAAGUAAAUACGAUAUAAUUUCGCAUUUCAAAGAACCAACUACGGCUAGGAAAAAAUUUGUAGAUAUGGAUAUGCAUUUACAUUAUAUGAUUAAAUUUUUUCUUAAAUUGCAUAAAAAUUUCUUUGAAAAUCCAUUAGAAACAGAUGUAGGAAAAUUAAUAGAUAAAAUGAUGGGUAGUACCUUAAGUAAUGUAGGAGUUUAUUUUACAGGAUUUAGAAAAAAUUCAAAGAAUAUACAAAAUGUAUUAUCAGCAGAUUGUGAAGAAAGACAAAAAGAAAUUGCCUUAGAAUUAGGUGCUACUAUUUUUACGAAUUAUGAUGAACCGGGUGUUACUCAUAUAAUUGCUGCUAAAAAUUGUACUGAUAAUUUAAUAAAAUCAAAAAAAUCAGAUUAUGAUCAUAUUCUUAAAGUACAUACUUUAUGGCUUUAUCAUUGUAGAGGAACCUUAGAAAUGAGACAUUCCUCUAAUUUUGAUGCUGAUAAUUUAUGUAAAAUUUAUAGUAAUAAACCUCCUUUACAUCCAAAAAAAGAUCAUUGGUUUUUUGGUCCUAAAGAAGAUUUUAAAAAACAGGAAGAUAAUAAAGAUUGUGUUAAAAUAGAAAAUUUAAAAAUUAGAACUUUUCUAGGAACAGGUGAAUAUACGAAUGAUGCAGUUAUUUUCUCUCCUUUUGAACAAAUCAAUAUUAAGUGGAUAGAGAAAGAAGUUACAUUAAGACAAAAUUUUGAUACCUCUUAUAAUGCCAUGGUACAAAAUAUACAGAAAGAAGGAAACAAAAACCAAAUUAAUGAUGAUAAUGAUGACGAAAAUAAUUCUUAUAUAAAUAUAGAAGAUGUUAGUGGGAAAAUACCUACCAUCUAA